CACAUGCAGGCAUGAAAUCAAAUGGUUGAUUCAAAAAGUCAAAACACAUUUAAGGAACCACACGUGAGCGCGAGAGGGCUAGCGGUCACAGAGUUCGCAUUUAUGCUUUUCUUCCCUCCCCCUCUCACUAUUCUCUCUCCAUUGAUGCUUUUAUCUCAGACUGAGAGUGCUCUAUUGCAUUCUGGAGAACUAUAAUUUCUGGAAUCCUCGUACAUCAACCAAAGAAAUACUUAUCAGCACCAACAAACAAAAGUUCCUCAGCUUUCUGCUCCCCUUCUUAUAAUCUGAGUCAGUAGUUUAAACUCUCUUAACACUCCAACCCCUUUUGUCUCUUAAUUUGUUUUAUAAAACCAUAUUAACAGUAGACCACUUUUUAUAUAGUGUACCUUGCCUUUGAAGUUCACUCAUUAAUUUGUACCCCCCUAUAUUAUACUUCCUUCUUCAACCGUUCCUCUCUUUCUCCUUUAGCAACUCCACCACCCUGAGAGAGCAUGCCUGAAUGUCCAGAGAAAGGGAGGAAGUUGAUGAGUUAGGCAAGAAGUUUAAGAGAGAAACUGAUGCUUCUUCCCAUUAUCAAAUGGGAAGAAGACACAUGUUGGGCCCUCCUGGAACCCUAAACACCAUCACUCCUUGUGCUGCCUGUAAACUCCUCAGACGAAGGUGUGCACAGGAAUGCCCCUUCUCUCCUUACUUCUCUCCCCACGAACCCCAGAAGUUUGCUUCGGUUCAUAAGGUCUUUGGUGCCAGCAACGUCUCGAAGAUGCUCAUGGAGGUGCCGGAGACUCAAAGAGCAGAUGCAGCAAAUAGUCUUGUUUAUGAAGCAAAUGUGAGGCUACGAGAUCCGGUGUAUGGAUGCAUGGGUGCAAUUUCGGCUUUGCAACAACAAGUUCAAUCUUUACAAGCUGAGCUCAACGCAGUAAGGGAUGAGAUACUUAAAUACAAAUACAGGGAAGCCAAUCUCCUUCCAUCUAAUUCUCAUCAUAUGGCUUUGUUCUCUACUUCCGGGGCUGUUUCUGCUGCUUCCUUGCCCCAGACCCCACAGCCACCCCCACCGCCGCCACUGCCACCUCCUAUGCCUCCUACUUCAUCUUCUUCUUCUAUGUACACUAAUCAACAAACCAGUGCUGCGGAUUAUAGCUCCCUUUCAAGUGAAAAUGUUUCCUUCUUUGGUUAAACUUUAAUUUUUAGACUGAAAUUAAGACAUCGAUCCCAUUUAAUUUUCUUAUUAUGAUGAUUCUUCAAGUGGAAUAAAAUGAUGAUAAAAUAUA